AGAGAAAAAGAGGCCAUGGAUUUGAAUGAGAAAAAGAUGAUUCUCUGGGACUGGGACUUGAAGCAGUGGUGUAAACCUCAUUACCAGAAUUCUGGAAGUGGAAAUGGAGUUGAUCUUUCAGUGCUAAAUGAAGCUCGCAAUAUGGUGUCAGAUCUUCUGAUUGACCCAAGCCUUCCCCCACAAGUCAUUUCUUCUCUGCGGAGUAUCAGUAGCUUGAUGGGUGCUUUCUCAGGCUCCUGUAGGCCAAAGAUUAAUCCUCUCACACCAUUUCCAGGAUUCUAUCCCUGCUCUGAAGUAGAAGAUCCAGUCGAGAAAGGAGAUCGAAAAUUCCACAAGGGACUGAGUAGUAGAACCAGUUUCCCAACUGCACAGCUCAGGAGGAGCUCUGGAGCAUCAGCAUUGCUGGGUAAUGAGCACUGUUCAAAGUGGGACCGCAGCAGUGGCAAAAGGCCUCACCAAGAACUAGGUGCUUCAAGUCAUGGGUGCCACCUGAAUGGGCCUUUUAGUUCAAGUCUCCUGACAGUUCCAAAGCCAAGGUCCUCGUCUGUGUCACUGACUCACCAUGUGGGUCUGAGAAGAGCUGGUGCUUUGCCCUGCCUGAGUCUUGUGAAUUCUCCAAGCCAUGUUCCAGUGUCUGCAGGCACUCUAACUAAUCGAUCACCCAUAGACUUUCCUGAUACUGCUGAUUUCCUUUCAAAGCCAAGUAUUAUUUUGCAGAGAUCACUGAGCAGUGUACCCAAUGCAGCAGAUAUCUACCAGUGCCUUAGAAACCCUGAUAGCAAUCUGUGUAGCAGCUGUGGACAUCAAAUAUUCAAAUAUGUUUCAACAUGUGAACCCGAAGGUACAGAUCAUCACAGUGGAAAAUCAGGUGAAGAAGAUAACACUGUUUUCUCAAAAGAACCAUUCAACAUUGUGGAAACUCAAGAAGAAACAGUGAAGAAAGACCGCAGGGAAUUAUUGUUGGAAGGUGAUAGUCACCCCGUGGAAGAGGCACAGCAACCAAAUAUUGACCAGGAAGUGCUACUGGACCCGAUGUUAGUAGAAGAUUAUGACUUGUUAAUAGAGAAGAUGAGCAGCUGGAAUUUUCAGAUUUUUGAGCUUGUAGAAAAGAUGGGAGAAAAAUCAGGAAGAAUUCUCAGUCAGGUUAUGUAUACUUUAUUUCAAGACACUGGUUUAUUGGAAACCUUUAAAAUUCCCACUCAAGAAUUUAUGAACUAUUUUCGUGCAUUAGAAAAUGGCUACCGAGACAUUCCCUAUCAUAAUCGUAUACAUGCCACAGAUGUCCUACAUGCUGUUUGGUAUCUGACAACACGACCAAUUCCUGGCUUACAGCAGAGCAACGAUAUUCAUGAAGCAGAAACCGAAGCAGAUUCCGAUGGUAGACUUGGUUCAGGACAGAUUGCUUACAUUUCUUCGAAGAGUUGCUCUAUUCCAGAUGAGAGUUAUGGCUGCCUGUCUUCAAACAUUCCUGCUUUAGAAUUGAUGGCUUUGUAUGUGGCAGCUGCCAUGCACGAUUAUGAUCACCCAGGAAGAACAAAUGCAUUUCUAGUGGCGACAAAUGCACCUCAGGCAGUUUUAUACAAUGACAGAUCUGUUCUAGAAAAUCAUCAUGCUGCAUCAGCUUGGAAUCUGUAUCUUUCUCGCCCAGAAUACAAUUUUUUGCUUAACCUUGAUCAUGUGGAAUUCAAACGCUUUCGUUUUUUAGUCAUAGAAGCCAUCCUUGCCACAGAUCUCAAGAAACAUUUUGACUUCCUUGCUGAAUUCAAUGCCAAGGCCAAUGAUGUAAAUAGUAAUGGUAUAGAAUGGACCAGUGAAAACGAUCGCCUCUUAGUCUGCCAGGUGUGCAUCAAACUCGCAGAUAUAAAUGGCCCAGCAAAAGCUCGGGAUCUACAUUUGAGAUGGACAGAAGGCAUCGUGAAUGAAUUUUAUGAACAGGGAGAUGAAGAAGCAACCCUUGGUCUACCUAUUAGUCCCUUUAUGGAUCGUUCUUCUCCUCAACUAGCAAAACUCCAAGAAUCUUUUAUCACUCACAUUGUGGGGCCCCUGUGCAACUCCUAUGAUGCUGCUGGCUUGCUGCCUGGUCAGUGGAUACAAGCAGAAGAGGAUGAUGAUACUGAAAGUGAUGAUGAUGAUGAUGAUGGUGAAGCAUUAGAUUCAGAUGACGAAGAAACAGAAGACAAUCUAAAUCCCAAACCCCAGAGAAGGAAAGGCAGGCGGCGGAUAUUUUGUCAGCUAAUGCACCACCUCACUGAAAACCACAAGAUAUGGAAGGAAAUCAUAGAAGAAGAAGAAAGGCGUAAAGCAGAGGGGAACAAACUGCAGGUGGAGAGUACCUCCUUACCUCAAGCAGAUGAGAUUCAGGUCAUUGAAGAAGCAGAUGAAGAGGAAGAGCAAAUGUUUGAAUAGAAGAAAGCUUGUUUUGAAGAAGCCUGGGGUCUGGUGCCCGGGGUUAGCAGUCAUUAACUGACCAUUCCCAUGUGGACAGGCCUUAAUACUGUGAGAGAAUCCUUGCUGCCCUGGCAGUUCUCACUCCUAAGCACUUUGAUCACAAACUAGAGUUGGCUGCAGCUGACAUGUGUUGCAAAGCCUUUCCUCCAAGCCUUCACUGGGUGUAAACAGUUGGUCAUGAUGCUGCUUUGCUGGGCAGUCUGCUCUUUACUUUUCAUGGCGAGGGAAGGCUAAAACGGGAAAUUCAAGAGACUUCAGCUUUCGAAGUGGCCAUAAUGCUUUUUAUGAAAACAGGAUUCAUCUUGUAUUUCCAAAUAUAUCUUCUAUGUCUUUGUUUUGGGGUCGAGAAAACAAACCUCUGCCUAAUACAAAAAGGAAUUUAUUGUGGUCUUUCUGAGUGAUUUCUGCUCAUGGCAGUACACUGUUCAAUGUGGUUCUCCCAGCUUCAUCCAUGAAGGACUGAGGACCUUUGUUAUACUUAACAAAAUCCAGGUGCAUCAAUUUCUGAUGCUUUUUAUUGUUGUGUAUAAUCUACUUGUGUGUUUUACUUCUGCCUAAAGUAUUCAGGUUUGCUGUGGACAUCAGAAGUCUGAAUUCUAGUCUUACUGAUUUUGUUCCAUGGUUGAAUUUUAAAGGUGUUUAACAAUGAAGGAACUUCAUUCUUUAGUCAAAACUGUUCUUAUUUUUAUUUUUGCUCAGGAUAAGUAAUUUUAAAUAUUUAGUUAUUAUAAACAUGGCAUAGAUUUUCCAGGAAAAAAAAUUUCCUAAUAUUGAUGUUACCUUUUAUAAAAUGAGCAACAUUUUAAUUAAAGCCAAGAGAAAGGAGAUAAUCUUGGGCCUUAGUGCAAAAUCAAAUGAAACCAGUCCCAUCAAAGACCUUGCCUAAAUAAUUGGUUAUCUUUAGAUAUGUGUCUUAGGUGUCUUGUAGCCUUAGGUGUCUGGUUAUAGAAAAAUUGGUAUUUUUCUUUUGUUAAUUUCUUUCUGAUCCAAGAAAACACGACAGAGAUGACUCAUCACUAUGUAAUAAUAUUAGAGCUCCACAGAAAACUGAAUUCUUAGGUGAAGUAAAUGAUGGGAAUACAUGCUUAAUUUUUACAUAAAAACUAUAAAUAGUUCAAUAAAUAAUUCCAUACAAAUGCAUAUAAAUACCUUACUAAGAAAACAGACCACAUUUAUAAUGUUUACAUAACCUCAUUAGAAAGUGGCUAUGUGCCCUAGUUGUGAAAAAUUAUUGAAAUUAUACAAAGCAACCAAAUUAUACCAAGGUGGUAAAAUGAUUUCUCAUUACUCUUGAAGACUGUACAAUAUUUUGGAGCCAUUCAACUUGAUACAUAGUUAACUGUCAGUUUCCAUAGUAGUUCCUAUAGAUUGUAAUGCUGGAGUUUCCUGCCUACCUAAGGUAUUUGGGUUGUCUACAAGGCUGCAGUUAAAGAUCUGUUGAGUACUGGGGUUUUUGAUCCCAUAGAUAUCAUAUUUAAUGAAUCACUACACUUUAUUUAUUAAACAUGUUGAGUGUUGAGUUCCUUCCUGUCACUUUUACUACCACACCCACAUUUGUAAAUUGGUUCCACCAUAUAUUACUGAGUAAUAAAACUUUAACUGAUAAUAUAUUGAA